AUGUCCUACCCCAACCACGAAGCCUCCCUCGACAGAGAAUCCCUCCACAGCUGCCUGCGCCUCUUCACCCACCCCUCCUCCAUCCCCUCCACCCUCGCGGCCUCAUGGCACGAGACGGGGAACUACUACGCCGCGCGCGACGUGCUCGAGCUGGAGCGCGCCGAGCUGAUCCAGAUCAUCGCCUACACGCGGAGGAUGGCCAUCAAGCUGACGGGGAGCGCCCUUUUCUUGGGCAUCGUCGUUGCGCUUUUGUUCGAGGCCGACUACUGA